GGAUUCCUCUCUCUCUCUCUCUCUCUCUCUUCUCUAUCUUUAUUUAUGCGACUAAUAAUUAAUUACAAUAUAAUUAAAAAAGUUUAGAACUAAAUAUAUAAUGGUGGGGUUCUCUCUCCUCUCUCUCUCUCUCUCUCUCUCAUGUGCGUUUCUUCUUGCAGGGCAGCUGAAGAGGCGGUAAUGUGACCGCGUCGGUGCCCAGAUCUCCCUCAUGGAUCCUCCUUACUCCGGAUUUGUUAAUGACCCAUCUAAAUGCUGUGACUUGACCAUCAACGAGAAAAGGGAACUUGUUCACAAAUUGUCUAAAUGGCCCGAAAAAGCUCCGGAAAAGCUACUGACAUGGAGUCGCCGAGACCUUAUAGAGAUCCUUUGUGCAGAGAUGGGAAAGGAGAGGAAGUACUCUGGGGUAGCAAAGCAAAAGUUAAUAGAACAUCUCUUUAAGGUUUUAUCUGAUAAAAAAUCUGGGAAGCUUACUGCAGUUAUUGAAGGAAAUCCACAACUGCCUUCAUCCAACAAUCAUACCCCUUCCAAAAGACAGAGAAAGACCGAUCACCCAUCUCGAUUAUUGAUUGAGACAAGUUUAGAUGAUGGCGGUGAAGCUCAUAGAACCAUCCGAAUCUGUGAAAAUUUAGUUUGCAAAGCUACAUUACGCAUGGAAAGGGCCUUUUGCGAACGUUGUACGUGUGGUAUCUGUUAUAAGUAUGAUGAGAAUAAGGACCCUAGCCUUUGGUUGGUUUGCAAUUCGGAUUUUCCAUAUAAAGGUGAUUCUUGUGGCAUAUCGUAUCAUGUCGAGUGUGUUCUGAAUCAUGAAAGAGGUGGGAUUAUGAAGAGCAAACAAUGUGUACGACUUGACGGAGGAUUUUAUUGCAUUCAUUGUCAAAAAGUGAAUGAUCUUCUUGCGUGCUGGAGGAAGCAACUCAUGUAUGCAAAAGAUGCAAGGAGAGUUGAUACAUUAUGCCAGCGGAUCUCUUUAAGCCAUAGAUUUCUCUACUCUACUGAGAAGUACCAAAAGUUGCAUGAGAUAGUAGAUAAAGCUAUGAGGAAACUGGAUUCUGAAACUGGUCCUCUUAGCGACUUCUCAAGUAUGGCUCGUGGGAUUGUUAGUAGACUUUCUGUUGGUGCUGAAGUCCAGAGGCUCUGUGCUCAGGCGAUAGAGUUGCUAGAUUCCAUGUUUUCAAGUGGUAUACAGCACAAGAAACCCCCUGCAUUACCCCCAAACCUCAUCAGAAUCGAAUCCAACAACACUCCUGAACACAUCGAGAAGGAAGAAACAGCAACAAAUUCGGGUUCGGGAUUAGAUGAGGAUCCAAACCCGGUAACCCAUGAGAUAAACGAGGCCACACUACCGGUUACUCCUUCAAGGUUGGAACCCGACAAGCCUAAUCCGGGCUCCAACUCCCACGAUAAUGGCAUAUCUAAGCCAGGUGACAAAGAUGGUUCUUCAUUGAAGGAAGAAGAUUAUGAGUAUUGUGUUAAGGUUGUUCGAUGGCUGGAGUGCAAAGGGCACAUUGAGACUAUAUUUAGGGUGAAGUUUCUUACUUGGUUCAGUUUGAGAGCUAGCCCACAAGAGAAAAAGAUCAUUAGCGUUUAUUUGGAUACUCUAAUAGAGGAUCCAGAGAGUCUUGCAGGGCAAUUAGUAGACACAUUUUCAGAAGCAGUUUAUAGCAAAAGGCAGCCACCAGUGACUACAGGGUUCUGUGUGAAACUUUGGCACUGAGGAGGUAUUCAUUUGUAUGCAUUGAAUAUUUCAUUGGAAUUUUUAACUUAUGAAUCAGAGAUAUCAAGCUAAUUUAUACAGUAGCUCAGAGGUGUUAGACAUGUUUAUCUCUGUAUAACAAGAAUCUCCAUUUAUAGAAUUCAGAAUUGUUUGCCUC